UGUGGCUGACAGUUUACCGAAAAUUUCUGUCAUAUUUAAACCUGAUUUAAACUUCGGCUUUUCCUUAACCUUUCUUCUUUAAAGUUUCUUUCUACGCUACCUUGAAACAUUAAUGGCUUUAAAUAAAAGCAGUUCUCUAUUAUUCUCAUAUACCAUUCUAGCCUUUUUGGCUGCAUUUUUGGGUGACUUUGUCACAGCCGCUCCUAUAUCAGCAGAUGGAAGUUCUGCGACAAUAACAUUCGCAGGACAUUCAGUCACUGUUCAUGGUAUUGUUUUCAGUGUCGUAUUAUUUGUUACUGGCGCCUAUCUCUGUUUUGUUGGAGGGGUGUUUCAAAACUUUACCAUGUUUAUUGUCGGCUUUUAUUGUGGAGCAAAUAUUGCUUAUAUUAUUCUCACUAAUGCUAAGGCGGAUUACGGAAGUAACACCGAUACCAUUUUACUCGUCGUGAGUAUUGUGGUCGGUUUAUUAACAGGUGGUUUACUAUGCUGCUGCUUCUUCUUGGCCGUCUAUUUACUCGGUGCUUUACUCGGUUACAUGGUUGCCCUUUGGUUUUUGUCUUGGAAUACCAAUGGUGUUAUCCAAUCUAAUUGGGGACGUGCUAUUCUGAUCGUUGUUUGUUGCGUGGUGGGCGCCAUUUUGAUGGCCUUCUUGGAACGGCCUAUGUUUGUUAUCGCCACGGCUUUCAUCGGUUCAUUUGCCAUUUUCUGUGGUAUAGACGUUUAUGCAAACACCGGAUUUUUGGAAGCUGUGAAUCAAUUCUUGCAUGCUAGAAACUUGGAUACAGUUGUUACAGCAACAAGUGCACUAAGAGGCAUGCUGGGUGGCUGCUUGGCACUAGCUCUCUUUGGCUGUUUGAUCCAAUGGUGCAUGCUUAGAAGGGAUCACUCAUCCUACAGAGUGUGGAGAGAACGUUAUCCUCCCCGUGGCGGUUGGACCCGCGUAUAAAGACAAUUAAAAGUCAAAAUCUCCAAACACAGCUAUUAUUUAUUUAUAUCUAUAUUUACAAACCCACAUCUAACAUACUUCUUUCUUUUUUUGUCAUUUAAACGUGUAUAAAUAACGUAUAUUCCCUUCUUUUUCCUCUUACUACUACUUUUUAGUAUUAGAUAAAGCAGACUUCAACAUACAUAUUGUCAUUCAUCUGCCCUGAUUUCAGCCAAGUGUUGUUAAUCACUCGGUUAAA